UACGGCAUGCCUUAACAGUAUAAAGCGUAUGGGCCAUGUGGUAGCUUUGCCUCGUCUCCACUAAGUGCAAUGGCCUCAGCUACGACCAACUCCUGCCUCUUCUUCUUCCUUCUCGUCCUCGUCUCGGCAGUGGCUGCCUCCGCCGAUGACAAGUUCACCCACCUGCACUUCUACUUCCACGAGACGGACAGCGGGCCCAACGCAACGCUGGUGACGGCGGUGGAGCCUCCGAAGAACUCGACCACCUCAUUCGGCAGCAUCGUGGUGUACGACAACGUCCUCAGGGAGGGGGCCGACCCCGCCUCGGCGCUCAUCGGCAGGGCCCAGGGGAUCGGGGCCAUCUCGGCGCUCGACGGCGGGAGCGGGCUGGCGGCGAUGAACCUGGUGUUCACGACGGGGGAGUACAACGGGAGCACGCUGGCGUUGCUGGGGCGGUUCGUGGCCGGGGCCGUGUCAGAGCGCGGCAUCGUCGGCGGAAGCGGGCGCUUCCGCCUCGCUCGGGGCUUCUCGUUGAGCAAGGUCGUCAGCUCCACCGCCACAACGGCGGUUGCCGAGUUUGACGUUUACGUCACGCAUUAUUAUUGAGUUAGCUCAAGUCUCGCCAUCACCAUACGUAUUAUGAAUUACAAAUCUUCUUUUUUUUUAUGUGAACUUGUAAUAAAUUGCUCAUAAAAGAUGAACGACUCCGAGUUAAGCUGAUGUAUUGGACACCAAUUAAACUCGGAACCUUAGAUUCAUCCAGUUAUGAGUUAAUUCAACAUAUAUCAUAUUUACUCCAUUCAAUCA